AUGUUCCUCGGGCUGGCGGUCGCGCUGCAGGUGCUGGCGCUGCUGGCCAGCCGGGGACACGGCUUCCCCAAACCCGCGGGCACAGAUAAAGCUAUACACAACAGACAAUUAAGUGUAGAAAGACCUUUGGAAGAACAGAUUGCUGAAGCCGAGGCAGACAAAAAUAGAAAAAUAGCUCCCACAGAAAAUAAGCCAGAGUUCAGGAAUUAUUCCUUUGUUGAUGACCUGAACCUGCUCAAAUCAGUAGCAGAAAGAGAAAGGAAUGAGGAGAGGGAGCCAAUUAGAAGCUCUUUGUAUGGACAGCAACUGGCCAUUGAUGAUGCAGACUCCACCAAGAACCGCAGGCUUGUGGAUGACUAUGACUCCACUAAAAGCGGGCUGGAUUAUAAAUUCCAAGACGAUCCAGAUGGCCUCCAUCAAUUAGAUGGCACUCCUUUGACUGCUGAAGACAUCGUUCAAAAAAUUGCUGCAAGAAUUUAUGAGGAAAAUGACAGAGGAGUGUUUGAUAAGAUUGUUUCAAAACUUCUAAAUCUGGGGCUAAUCACAGAGAGUCAGGCCUAUACCCUGGAAGAUGAAGUGGCAGAGGUUUUACAACAGCUAAUUGCAAAUGAAGCAAAGGAUCGUGAGAAGGAGUCUGAAGAUUUUGAUUACCCUGCAAACAGAGCAGACAGUGAUACAAAAGAAAAGCAACAGGAAAAUAUGACACCAAGCAAAUCUGAUCAGGAUAGUUUCAUUAAUGGAGAAGUUGAUGAUACACUGGAUAAUACGUGGUCAUCAUCUAAUGUGUUGGAAAGAAGAAAUGAGCUGCCUUCUGAAGAUAAUUUUGAAGACCUCCAAUAUUUUCCAAAUUUUUAUGCUUUAUUAAAAAGUCUUAACUCAGAGACAGAAACAAAAGAGAAAGAGACCUUGAUAACCAUCAUGAAAACCCUGAUUGAUUUUGUGAAGAUGAUGGUUAAAUAUGGAACAAUCACUCCAGAAGAAGGAGUUUCUUAUCUUGAAAACUUAGAUACAAUGAUAGCUGAGCAGACAAAGAAGAAGCUUGAGAAUCCUUCCACUAAAGCCAGGACAAAACUAACAGCAGACAAGAGUAGUGAAGAAGCAGACAGUACAAAGGAAGAAGCAGCUAAAAUGGAAAAAGAAUAUGAAGUUUCAAAGGAUUCUACAAAAAAUGAAGGACAAAAUGCAGCAGGAAACAGUGAAGAAUCAGGAGGGAAAUCUGAGGCAUAUUUGGAAGCAAUCAGGAAGAACAUAGAAUGGCUGAAAAAACACAAUAAACAAGGUAACAAAGAAGAUUAUGAUCUUUCAAAGCUGAGAGAUUUCAUUGAUCAGCAAGCUGAUGCUUAUGUGGACAAGGGCAUCCUGGACAAGGAAGAGGCUGAUGUAAUUAAACGCAUCUAUGGCAGCCUGUAA